AUGCGGAAGCAGACACAACAGAUGCGGAAGCAGGCACAACAGAUGCGGAAGCAGACACAACAGAUGCGGAAGCAGGCACAACAGAUGCGGAAGCAGACACAACAGAUGCGGAAGCAGGCACAACAGACAACAGAUGCGGAAGCAGGCACAACAGAUGCGGAAGCAGGCACAACAGAUGCGGAAGCAGACACAACAGAUGCGGAAGCAGGCACAACAGAUGCGGAAGCAGACACAACAGAUGCGGAAGCAGGCACAACAGACAACAGAUGCGGAAGCAGGCACAACAGAUGCGGAAGCAGGCACAACGGAUGCGGAAGCAGACACAACAGAUGCGGAAGCAGGCACAACAGAUGCGGAAGCAGAAACAACAGAUGCGGAAGCAGGCACAACAGACAACAGAUGCGGAAGCAGGCACAAAAGUUGCGGAAGCAGGCACAACAGAUGCGGAAGCAGACACAACAGAUGCGGAAGCAGGCACAACAGAUGCGGAAGCAGGCACAACAGAUGCGGAAGCAGACACAACAGAUGCGGAAGCAGGCACAACAGAUGCGGAAGCAGACACAACAGAUGCGGAAGCAGGCACAACAGAUGCGGAAGCAGGCACAACAGAUGCAGAAGCAGGCACAACAGAUGCGGAAGCAGGCACAACAGAUGCGGAAGCAGGCACAACAGAUGCGGAAGCAGGCACAACAGAUGCGGAAGCAGACACAACAGAUGCGGAAGCAGACACAACAGAUGCAGAAGCAGGCACAACAGAUGCAGAAGCAGGCACAACAGAUGCGGAAGCAGGCACAACAGAUGCGGAAGCAGGUACAACAGAUGCGGAAGCAGACACAACAGAUGCGGAAGCAGACACAACAGAUGCGGAAGCAGACACAACAGAUGCGGAAGCAGGUACAACAGAUGCGGAAGCAGACACAACAGAUGCGGAAGCAGGCACAACAGAUGCGGAAGCAGGCACAACAGAUGCGGAAGCAGGCACAACAGAUGCGGAAGCAGACACAACAGAUGCGGAAGCAGGCACAACAGAUGCGGAAGCAGGCACAACAGAUGCGGAAGCAGACACAACAGAUGCGGAAGCAGACACAACAGAUGCGGAAGCAGACACAACAGAUGCGGAAGCCACAACAGAUGCGGAAGCAGACACAACAGAUGCGGAAGCAGGCACAACAGAUGCGGAAGCAGGCACAACAGAUGCGGAAGCAGGCACAACAGAUGCGGAAGCAGACACAACAGAUGCGGAAGCAGACACAACAGAUGCGGAAGCAGGCACAACAGAUGCGGAAGCAGACACAACAGAUGCGGAAGCAGACACAACAGAUGCGGAAGCAGGCACAACAGAUGCGGAAGCAGGCACAACAGAUGUGGCUCACAUGGAAUAUAAUCAGCUCCUCAAGGUAG